UUUAUAGGUAGCUUCGGUACUGUUUGUGGGACAAGCUACAAUCGCCCGGUUCUGAUCAUCGUUUUAUACAAUGAUUGGGAUAGAAGUAAAGGGACGUUUGAAUCAGUACGUAAAAGCUAUUCUACGUAACGUAGUUGACGAAAAUGUAAUUGUCUUCUACCCGGAAAAGAAUGAGGAAGAACAAGUUCCGAUCAAAAAUGUGCGACUACCCCCAAGUCCUGGAAGGGAUGUUCAACCUGGACAAAAUGCCGAGGCCCUUUUUUCUGUCGCGACUGAUCAGACUCCAAGCUUAUCUAGUAAUACAAUCACACUGUCUGGCCGUUGGGGAGAUGAAUCUAAUAACAAACCGGAAGUUGAACUUAUACUGGAUGAUCACUUGAGUUACCUUCCUAUUCCAUCUUGGUGGCCUUGUCGCGUUGUCAAGAUUCGAGAUGAUGUCGCAAUAGUGAAGUUAAAUGUAACGCCGCCAACCGAUGCAACACCCUCAGAGAUUUCACUUUGUACACAGCUUUCGAAUGUUACUGAAAUUGUAAGUCGUAAGUCCCUACGUCAGCCCAGUGAUGAUUGUCCAUGUCUGUCACCUGAUAUCAUCCAUCGACAUCGUAUUGAAAUUCCAAAAGAAUUGGCAGACUUUGCUUCUGAUCCUUCUGUCCACAAUGACUUCUUGCGCCAUUGUGGUGGUCCCGUAAGCCUAUACUACGACAAUGAGUCUUCCUGUUUGGUUGUGUUAACUACAGACCCUGUAACAGCAAAAAAUGUUGCCCUGUUAGAAGAUACUCAUUUGAGAAUGUUGCGCCAAAAAUGGGCCUUAACUCGAAGUCUUCGACAAACUAUUCGAAAUCUCGAAGUCAAUCGAGGGCCAGAUGUAUCACGACCAGGUGGAACAAAGAACUGCAGUGACUGGAACAGUGAUCCUAGUCUAUUUGUUGAGAAGUUUUAUGUUCCUCAACACCUCAUGGGUUUGGCUAUUGGUGCCCGUGGUGUAAAUAUUCGUUCUGCAAGAGAAAUACCUGAUGUAGUCCGCAUCGAGUCAUGGGAACCGUCCGAAUAUGGUGCAAGAGAUAAUGACCCUGUGGAUAAUUCUGGAGAUAAUGGUGAUGCUGCAAUGUUUAUUAUAGAAGCCAAGACUCCGGAAGCUGCAAAACAAGCUCGAGCUAAACUAGAAUAUUCCGAAUUGUAUUUAGGUGUACCACGUCGUUAUGUAGGACGUUUGAUUGGAAAGAGAACUUCGAAUAUUAUGUCGAUUAUUCGUAAAUCCGGUGUUGUUCACAUACAUUUCGAUGAUCAUAUUGAAGGUCCUGUAUCGUUAAGCGAUGAUAAUAAUAAUCAGUCGGAUAUGAUUAAGUAUUCGCAUCCAGGACGUCCAUUAGCCAGUACAAUGCGGCGAGUGUUUUUAAAGGCUGGAAGUGCUCAAACAUCUUCACAACCACAUACAGAUGAAGAAUAUGGUGGAUUUAUACUAGCUGGUACAAGAGAUUCCAUUGAAAAAGCACGUUUGUUAAUCAAUUUCCAAAUGGAUUAUUUCUAUGAUCUUGAAAAAAUGGAGAGCGAAAAGCUUGAACUAAUGCGUAGUCUAUCUCUUGGUGGAGUGGACUCCGGUGCAGGCUAUCCACCACGUGGUGCAGCAGUCGGACGUUGGGGUGAUCGUGCUGGUGCUGGCAAUUAUGGUCGUAGUAGUCGUGGACGAAGACCAGGUCGCGGUGGUCUGUUACAUCCUCCUUUUGGUGCAAAUGAUGGUCCUAAUCAUCCACAACACUAUACAGAUGAUGAAAAUAUUGGUAAUCCAAUUCCUUAUCGAGGCUCAAGACGAAUGCCUCGUGAAAACUAUGGUCAUCGUGGUUCAGGUGGUGGCGGAAGAGUUCCACGUCAAAGUGGAAGAGGUGGUGGUGGUCGACGAAUGGGUGGUGGUGGUGGUGGUUCAGCUCGUGAUCCUGAUUGGAAUAAUCAUAUCAACAGUAAUGGAGAUGUUGCUGAUCGUCGUCGAGGUUCAGGUGAUUCAGAUGUCUUAGAGUCUGACAACUUGCCGGAUGGAGUAUCUACAGAACGAGCGAACGGUGGAAGACACAACAACAAAGUAGGACGUCCUUCACCAGCUCCAAAUGGAUUUUAUUCUGAUCGUGAACGUGGGAACGACAGUGAAGAUACUCUUAAUCCGAAUAAUGAGAAUAAUUUCCCUUGUGGUGAUGCAUCUUCAGAAGAUGGUGGAGGUUGUUCAGUGGAUAAUAUGCGUUCAAAAGUGAAUAAAUAUGUACAUAGUCGUCGUAACAGUAAAUCACGUCCUCCACGUCGUUCACAUCAAACUCGUCCACAAAAUUCUGACCAAUGGGGGGAUAGUAAUUGUCAAUUCAACAAUGUCGAUUCAUCUGUUGUAGGCGGUAAUCAGAAAUCACGCAGUGGGGUCGGUGGCGGUGGUGGUGGCAGUGGCGGCAGUAAUAAUAAUAAUCAAUCGGCUAGACAACAGUCAGCGCAAGCUGUAUACGAGGAAUAAUAGGAGUUUGCUUGUUUGUUGCUGUUGCAUCCCCCCCCCUGCCCUCAUGUGUAUACACUUGUUUGUGUGUGGCAUUUGUUUGAAUUUUUUCAAGUCAUUGGAAACUAUAAAUAAAAAAAGAAACCAAUAAUAAUAAUAUCAAUCACAUGCGCUCAUAUCUUCUUCAUCUCUUAUUGUUGUUGUUGUUGUCGUUACCGUUAUUGUUAUUGUUUCUUGUGUUUCUUGUGUUACUACACCACUGUUCUGGAUGGAGGUUGGUAAAAUAGACAGACAUUGAUUGAUUGACUCGUUUAUUUGAGCUCUCUAACUAUAACACACAACACUGUUUAUGGUUUUUUCUUUGCAAAUAUUAUUAUUCAAUCUCAUCUGGUUUAUUGCUUCAUAUACAUACACAUAUAUACAUAUAUCUAUAUACAUUACACAUGUUUAUACACUUUUACUUCGGUAAACCUGUGAUUAGCGUGUAUAUUCUCUCUCUCUGUGUGUGUGUGCGUGUGUGUGUGUGUGGUUCGCAUUCGUUUUGUUCAUAUUCCAAACAAAAUAGUCAGUGCUUUAUUUUGACCAAUUCCAGUGGUGGUGAUGUUUCAUUGAGGAAUUAAUAUAAUAAAUAAAAGAGUUUUAAAAGACAAAAAAAUAGAAACAUUCACAAUUACUUCAGGUAUAUAUAUAUAUAAAUAUAAACAUAUACGUACUACCACUCUCAUGCAUCAUAAAAACACAACAGUUGUAAUUUUUUUCCCAUUUGUUUGAAAAAUAAGCAGAAAAAAAAACCGUUUGAUCUGUUGGUUUUUAUGAAUUGGAAUGGGGUAGAGAUAAUAAAUAAUUCGCUUUCGAACUCAUCCAGUACACUUAAUUUGACUGUGUUUCGGUCCCUUCAUUUCACAUUGUAUCACAACUAAUAAUUCUUUGUUCAAUCUUUAUUUUUUUUUCUGGCGCGCGCGCGCGUUAUCUAUUGUUUUUAAAUAAAUUUGUUUCUCUUGUUACUACUACUACUACAUUUUCCUCUUUGUCUCUUUUUCCAUUCUUUUCUGAUGAUAAUGUGCCUUUUUUUGUUUUUCAAGUCAUUUGAACUUUUUAGGAAUUAAAUAUAACAAAAACAUAUAAACUGAAUAAAAAAGCAUUAAAAAAGCUUUUGUUGUAUUUCACACAAUGGGCUUGUUUGUAAAUUAUCCUUGAUAUGUGUGUGUGCUUUGACAUGCUUGAGUGUGUGUGUGUAGUAGUAGUAAUGAUAGUAGUAGUGGUAAUAAGAUGAUGAUGAUGAUGACACUUUUCAACUUGUUGUCAGUCUUCCAAAUAUCUUUUGUACUGAGACCUGAGUGACCCGUUUUUCUUUUUUUUGUUGAUGUCAUGCGGUUACUACUCCUCUAUUCAUUGGUUUUUUCCUUUUUUUUAAUUCUUGGUGAUAUAUAUAUUCAUCUUGUUAGCUUGUUCCUUCUGACACACAUCUCUUGCACAAAUUUUUUGUUCUAAUAAUUAAUUAUUCGUGAAUCGAGUUGCAUUUGCGUCCUUUUAUUGUGUUCUCCUAUUUUUCAUGUUUUUUUUUUGGUGAGCAGCAAUGUAAUGCUACCCCUUGCCCCCCGGUUGAUGCAUUCGACUCUUAUUAUUAUUAUUAAUAUUAUGAUCAAUAGUAGUGUUUUUCAAUAGAUGAACAUGUUUUAAAUGAUAGUAUUUUGAUUGCCUAUCAUAAGUGUGAAUUUGUU